CUCCGAUAGUCCUAACAUCACUUAAAUUUCUGCAAACGUAGCGAGGUCUCCUGGUACCCUGCAAGCAAAGUCCUCUCGUAUUUCUUCUCGGCACGACACGCGGAGAAGCGAGAGAGACUCUGCAGAACUUGUGUAUAUUCUUUGUGGAGCCGACAAUCCAAAAAUUUGGAUAAUUAUGCGUAAUUUCAGGUUCGAUACUGCAUGGUUUUAUAACCGGUUAUGAUGCCGGAAACAACGAAACAACUUAUUACAUGUAAAUCUUCUUCUGGGAAAUAGGCAGUUGCUUAGCAACCUUCGCUUAGUAUACUCAAAUCACUGAUAUGGCGUCAAAUGAAUUUAUACGCAAGUUCUGCAGUCUCUCUCGCUUUAACUCUCGCUUCUCCGUGUCGUGCCGAGAAAAGGAGAGGACUUUGCUCACACGGUCGUCUCCUGGCAGCCUGGCUGGAGGUUUCCUAGAAGAUUUACGUACUGGGAUAUGAUUAACCAUCAUAUCAGUUGAGUAUACUAUAUAGCACGAUUGGUCUUCAGCAUUCGUGCGCAGCGAAAUUAUUAAAAUCGAAACUACCUGCGCAAGCGCAGCUUAACUGUUGUUGCAUAGUUUACAGAGUUUAUAGUUAAGUUCGCUAUACCUCGAGCUAUACGAAAUUUUAGCUUCUUAUCAUGCCUUGGACAGCGGAUCAACGUCAGAGAUUGGCCAAAGAGAAAAGCACUCUUGAGAAAUAUUUCCCUGGAAAAGUAGUUUGGCUUGAUCCGACCGAAAAUACGAUGAUUGAAAUUACAAUGAUCACGAAUAACGAAAGAACGUACGUACUUCGUGUUUAUAUUCCGCCCGAUUAUCCGAACAGUCUUCCAAUAAUGGUCGUACGCGACUCACCAGAACCCAUGCCGAAUUGGAUCAGUGGUCGCAUGACACACUCAUUCGGCCAAAAUGAAGAUGGUCACUUGGUAAUAUGUCACUAUCGCCGAGAUCGUUGGAGUCCCGACCGUACUUUAUCUGACAUUGUUGUCAAAGGACGAAUUUGGUUGGAAGCUUAUGAAGCACAUUUGGUCACAGGGGAACAAAUGGAGUAUUACCUACGUGCAAUGCAAGGAUUGAAGUAGUAGGAACGUAAACUAUUCAUGUGUAAUACUAAAUAACAUACGUCAGUGCAGGAAGAACAAAUGACAAGGAUACAGUUAUAUACAGUUAUACUCUGCGAGCAAAGUCGUCUCGUAUUCCUUCUCGGCACGGCACGGCGAAACGAAAGAGACUCUGCAGUUGAGCAUACUAACGACGGUAUUUCCCAGAAGAAGAUUUUAAAAUAAGUAGUUUCCGGUUCGGUUGUUUCCGGCAUCAAAACCGGUUAUAAAACCAGUAUCAAACCUGAAAUUACGCAUAAUUAUCCAAGUUUUUGGAUUGUCGGCUCCACAAAGAAUCAGAAACACAAGUUCUGCAGAGUCUCUCUCGCUUCUCCAUGCCGUGCCGAGAAGAAAUACGAGAGGACUGUUCAUGAUUGGCGUAUAAAUUUCAUACUUGAACUGCUACGAGGGCUUGUCAAACGUUUUUCAAACGCUAAAUCUUAUUUCAUUGCUUUGGUGAAUACAUGACUAGUAGCCUGCGAACAGGCUCUCAAGCUGAAUUGAGAGCCUGCAUCGAUGACUAAUGAAUUUGAAUAUCUGCGUCUCAAAUCGUGACGCGAAAUUCUCAUUGGUCAGAUGCUAUAAUUUAUAUGUUUCCGCUGAGCUCUAUAUAUGUCAACUGCUGAAGCAUUAUGCAUAAAAAACACAUUAACUGAUCAAAUUGGUCUUGGCCGUCUUAUCUCAAAGCACGAAAUGUUCUGUUUUGAGAAAACAGUAUUUAAAACAUUUGAACUUUUGCUUGAAUAUCUUAUAUUUCGAAAAACAGUAUAAACUGUAAAGUCUAAAUUUAGUUUGCACGGUCUAAAUUUAGUUUGCACGAAAGAUGUAAACAACACCAUAUAAGGAUAGACAUUCCAUAUUUGGAACAACGAACGUUACGGGGCAGAUAUUCAAAUUCAUUAGUCAUCGAUGCAGGCUCUCAAUUCAGCUUGAGAGCCUGUUCGCAGGCUACAUGACUAGUGGUUAAUUUGCUUUCUUAAAUCAUUGCUAGAUACCACAAGUUUAAUAAUUGUUUAAUAUAUUUCAAAACUGGUG